AUGGGAGAUGAUGUGCCCUGCGCAUACGCCAUCCAAUAUGCAGCGCUGAAUGGAAACAUUGAUCUCGUAAGACUGCUGCUCGCUGCUGGAGCAAAUGUAGAUUCCAGAAUCAGCACCGACCUCGGAGACACUCCGCUGCAAAUAGCAGCCAGCAGAGGAGAUGUGCCCAUGACACGGAUGCUGCUCACCCACAACGCCAGUGUCAAUGUUCCCCCCGGAAAAUACUCCGGCCGCACGGCAAUCCAAGCGGCUGCGGCACAAGGAAAUACGGAACUGGUUCUAAUGCUGCUCCACGCAAAAGCAGAUAUCAACGCGCCUGCGGGCUGGCAAUACGGGAGAACCGCCCUCCAAGCCGCGGUGGAAAAAUCUCAUCUGGGGAUUGCGAUGCUGCUACUCGGGAUGGGAGCUGAUAUCAAUGCGAAACCAGGCUUCCGCGGUGGAGUCACCGCAUUGCAAGCGGCAGCGAUAUCUGGUGAUCUGGGCAUGCUCAAAAUCCUUCUACUCGAAAACGGAGCUGAGGUGAACACCCCAGCUACGGAAAAUGUCGGAACAGCAUUGCAGAUUGCCAUCCUGAACGAGCAGGUGGAGAUCGCCGAUCUUCUUAUAGACCACGGAGCGGAUAUUAAUGCACCCCCAGCAGGAAACAGAGGGGCUACGGCGUUGCAGGCAGCCGCUCUUCAUGGGUACUGCGCUCUUGCUAUGCGACUGUUGGAAAAGGGCGCGGAUGUGGCGGCUGAACCGUCGCCUGUUUGUGGCAGGUCGGCUAUCGAUGGAGCUGCUGAAAAUGGUCACUUGGACAUGGUGCAGCUGCUUUUGAAUGCAUACGGGGAUGAAACGGACUUGGAGUUGGUUUGUCGUGCGGCUGCGUCUGCUGCGGAGGGGGAGGGCCAUUUGGAUGUUAUGAAGUGGUUGGAGGGUUAUGUAUAUUCUUGA